AUGGGCGACUGGAAAGGUUACAUCAGUGCAGUGCUUCGGGACCAGCGCAUCGACGACGUAGCCAUCGUGGGCCACUCGGACAAUCGCUGCGUGUGGGCCUCGAGGCCUGGGGGCCUGCUGGCAGCCAUCUCACCGCAGGAGGUGGGUGUGCUCACUGGGCCAGACCGGAGCACCUUCCUGCAGGCGGGGCUGUGCAUGGCGGGCCGCCGUUGCUGCGUCAUCCGAGACCACCUGCUGGCCGAGGGCGACGGAGUGCUGGACGCGCGCACCAAGGGUCUGGACGGGCGCGCCAUCUGCGUGGGCCACACGCCUCGGGCGCUGCUCGUGCUCAUGGGCCGGCGGGGCGUGCACGGGGGCAUUCUCAACAAGACGAUGCACGAGCUGAUCCAUGGGCUGCGCUCGCGGGGCACCUAG